AUGCUUAAUUUCAACAAUUCUUCUAUUUCUAUUGUCAUUCAAUUUAAAUUUAAAUAUAAGUGGACUACUCACCCUCUUUAUUUAGAUAUUGUCAAAUCCUCUUGGAAGAGUAAAGUUGUUGGUUGUCCUAUGUUUGUUCUCUCUGAAAAGCUUAGGUUGCUCAAGAAUAAUCUGAAAUCUUGGAAUAAAAAUACUUUUGGAAAUAGUCAUCAUUUAGUUGAUGAAGAAGUGGAGAAGCUGACCUAUGUGCAGGGCAAGAUUCAAGUUGAUGGUUAUACUGAGGCGCUUAGAUCAGAGGAAAAACUUUGCAUGAGCAGACUUGAGGACGCCCUUCACAAGGAGCACUUAUUCUAG